AUACUUGAAACUUCAAAGAAGGUUAAUUUUGGUUUUAAUACCGGUGGAAAUUGGAAUGUCCUCUGGUUUAGUACCCUGUGUUUGAAGGUGGAGGCGAUGGAUUCCUCAUACAUGUGGAUAACCAGCUGAAAGGCCAAUGGCGCCAACCCAGAGGACUGCACUAUGUAGAAAUGAGUUUAACCUAACCAAAGAAAAGUAGUUUAUGGUUUUCAGGUUCUCACGGUGGUAUACAUGUAAAGAUGGCUUUAAAGCCUCCAGAUGCAGAAUAUGUGCUGAGAGAAGAAAGAACUGUUCACAGCUUAUUAUUCAUGGGGGACAAGCUGCUUGCUGGCACUGAAGAUGGUGUGGUUUCUGAAUGGAACCUUAAGACUUUUCGCAAAGAAGAGACAGUGCUCAGUGCAGGAACUUCUGCGUGUAUGGCCUUGAAAUUACUUAAUAAUACACUUAUAACCCAAGAAAGGAAAGGCAAUGUAAAUUUAUGGAUGCCUCGAGAGUCCUGUUGGAGUGUAUCUAAAUUUGUACAUCUAGAUUAUUAUGGAUUUAGUAAAAUUGAUGUUGCAGAGGAUGGAGGAGGAAUUGUGAUCUGUCCCAAGAAAAAUUCAGGUGUUGAAAUGUAUUCUUUGAAAUCACAUUCUAAAAUUAUGUCAUUUGAGAAAGAUGAUAACACACUAGGAGAAGUAAUGGCAUUAAAAGUAAUUCAUGUGAGACAAGAGCCGUACCUCUUAGUGGCAUAUGAGAGUGGAGUUCUGCAUAUGUGGGAUUUUAGAAUACAGCGUGUAGUUAGUUACUUGAAAGAUGAGAAUUGUCUAACUGCUGUAGACUUCAGUGAAGUGACCAUGAGUGGAUUAUAUGGUAGUGUAUCAAAUUAUGUGGUAUUUUUCAACAUCGAUAACAACUGCUGCCUUGUCAGAACACAAACGAAAGAAAUAGUUAACCCUGGUAUUAACAGCAUAAAGAUACGUCCUGAUAAUAGAAUUGUGGCUUUGGGAUGUUGGGAUGGACGCAUACGACUUUUUUCAUGUAAGUCUUACAAGCUGUUGGCAGUAUUGACAGAACAUUCAGCAGAAAUCAAUGACAUUUGUUUCUCUACAGGACUUCCUGUGCAUUUCAUGGCAGCAGGGGGGAAGGAUAGAAAAAUCUCUCUAUGGAAUAUAUAUAAUACAUCUUUGUAGACCUUCUUAUAAUGUUUUUCAAUAAAAGUUUUUUCUGUAGUGUUC